AUGGCGGAUGACGCCGGUGCAGCGGGGUGGUCCGGAGGCCCUGGUGGCCCUGGGAUGGGGAAGGGGCGGGGUCUUGUCCGUGGACGGGGUCGGGGCCGAGGCCGCGGAGCUCGCGGAGGCAAGGCCGAGGAUGAGGAGUGGAUGCCCGUCACCAAGCUGGGCCGCUUGGUCAAGGACAUGAAGAUCAAGUCCCUGGAGGAGAUCUACCUCUUCUCUCUGCCCAUUAAGGAAUCUGAGAUCAUUGACUUUUUCUUGGGGGCCUCUCUCAAAGAUGAGGUUUUGAAGAUUAUGCCGGUGCAGAAGCAGACCCGUGCUGGUCAGCGCACCAGGUUCAAGGCGUUUGUUGCUAUCGGGGACUACAAUGGCCACGUCGGCCUGGGUGUUAAGUGCUCCAAAGAGGUGGCCACCGCCAUCCGUGGGGCCAUCAUCCUGACCAAACUCUCCAUUGUCCCGGUGCGCAGAGGCUACUGGGGGAACAAGAUCGGCAAGCCCCACACCGUCCCUUGCAAGGUGACAGGCCGCUGUGGCUCUGUGCUGGUGCGCCUCAUCCCUGCACCCAGGGGCACUGGCAUCGUCUCAGCGCCUGUGCCCAAGAAGCUGCUCAUGAUGGCUGGUAUUGAUGACUGCUACACCUCAGCCCGGGGCUGCACUGCCACCCUGGGCAACUUCGCCAAGGCCACCUUUGAUGCCAUCUCUAAGACCUACAGCUACCUGACCCCUGACCUGUGGAAGGAGACAGUCUUUACCAAGUCUACAUAUCAGGAAUUCACUGACCACCUUGUCAACACCCACACCAGAGUCCCCGUGCAGCGGACCCAGGCUCCAGCUGUGGCUACAACAUAG